AUGUCUACAUACACCACUGUUAAAGCUUCCAACUGGAGAUUCGUUGAGUUGGGCCGUGUUGUUUUGAUUAACAACAAGGACUUAGCCACUAUCGUUGAAAUCAUCGACCAAAAGAGAGUCUUAGUUGAUGGUCCAAAGAUCCAAAGACAAGCCAUUGCCUUGGCCAAGGUUGUCUUGACCCCAAUUGUCUUACCAAACUUACCAAGAGGUUCCAGAACCGCCACCGUCACCAAGAAGUGGGCUGCUGCUGACAUUGACGCCAAGUGGGCUGCUUCCGCCUGGGCUAAGAAGUUGGCCUCCAAGGAAAGAAGAUCCCAAUUAUCCGACUUCGAAAGAUUCCAAGUCUUGGUCUUGAAGAAGCAAAGAAGAUUUGCUGUCAAGAAGGCUGUCGCUAAGGCUUAA